AUGAACGCCCCAGACAGAUUCGAGUUGUUCAUCUUGCCAGAUGGUGUUGAUAAAAUAAAGAUCACUCCAGAUUCAAAGGUGCCCAACGCAGCCAUUAUUAAAAUAGAAAGAGAAGACCACACCUUGGCCAACUUGUUGCGUGCACAAUUGUUAAAGGACCCAAGAGUGCUAUUCGCUGCCUACAAGGUAGAACAUCCUUUGUUUGCAAACUUUGUGUUGAGAAUCCAGACAGAAGAUGAUUACUCGCCCAGAGAAGCGUUGAAGAAUGCCUGUUCGGGAUUGAUUAGCGAGUUGGACGUUAUCAAGAACAGAUUCAAGGACGAAUGGGCUCUUAAGUCCUUGUUGAACACUAAUGAAGAUGAUUAUUAA